GGGACGCCCUCCCACGCGGACUCCAGGACCCUCGUGGCGGCGGCGGCGGCAGCGGUUGCCGCGGCUGCAGACCGGCCUCGCUUCCCUGCAGGGAAGGAAUUGUCAGACAGAAAUGCUGCCUAGAAGCCCAAGAGAAGAAAAAUAAGAGUUCCAAAACCAUAAUCACCCAGUCUCAUAAAAGUCAUCUCUGGUUAAUACUAUUCGAGGAGAAGCAGGGGAAACUUCAUAUGGGCCAUAAUAUCAACAAGUGACUUCAGAGGCCAAAAAGUGACAUUCAUUUACUGCUGAAGAUUAGAAACUUCAUCCUGCUUGCCUACCUCCGUGAUAUGCAGCUCAGCCUCCAUCCUUGAAUAAUAAGAUGUCGUCUUCUACUGAAAAUGGAGAUGCAACUGGUGGGAAACAAAGCGAGGAGAAAACAUACAAAAAGACUACAUCCUCUGCCAUUAAAGGAGCUAUUCAGCUGGGAAUAGGAUACACAGUGGGUAAUCUCACUUCCAAACCUGAUAGAGAUGUUCUCAUGCAAGACUUUUACGUAGUGGAAAGUGUAUUUCUACCGAGCGAAGGGAGCAAUCUGACCCCAGCUCACCACUACCCAGACUUCCGAUUUAAGACGUAUGCUCCACUAGCAUUUCGGUAUUUCAGAGAACUUUUUGGGAUCAAGCCUGAUGAUUACUUGUUCUCGAUCUGCAGCGAGCCUUUAAUAGAGUUAUCCAACCCCGGUGCCAGCGGAUCUUUAUUCUUUGUAACGAGUGAUGAUGAGUUUAUCAUCAAAACAGUUCAGCACAAAGAAGCUGAAUUCCUACAGAAGCUGUUGCCAGGCUAUUACAUGAAUUUAAACCAGAAUCCACGGACCCUAUUACCAAAAUUUUAUGGAUUAUACUGUGUCCAGUCAGGAGGCAUUAACAUUCGAAUUGUGGUCAUGAACAACAUUUUACCACGCUCAAUGAAAAUGCAUUUCACCUAUGACUUAAAAGGCUCUACCUACAAACGGAGAGCAUCAAGAAAGGAAAGAGAAAAGUCCAAUCCUACUUUUAAAGACUUGGAUUUCUUGCAAGACAUGCAUGAAGGAUUGCAUUUUGAUACCGAAACCUACAAUGCACUGAUUAAAACACUUCAGAGAGACUGCCGGGUCUUGGAAAGUUUCAAAAUAAUGGACUACAGUCUUUUGCUGGGAAUCCAUGUGUUAGACCAUACCCUGAAAGAAAAGGAAGGGGAAAGCUCCCAGAAUGCAGCGGAUGCUAAGAGACCUGGCGCACAGAAAGUCCUCUAUUCUACUGCGAUGGAAUCCAUACAGGGUCCUGGCAAGUCUGGAGACUCCGUCACCACAGAGAGUACAAACACAAUGGGGGGUAUUCCAGCUAAGAGCCAAAAAGGAGAAAAACUACUUCUGUUCAUGGGAAUUAUCGAUAUUCUGCAGUCAUAUCGGUUAAUGAAGAAGUUAGAACAUUCCUGGAAAGCACUUGUUUAUGAUGGGGACACUGUAUCAGUACAUAGACCAAGUUUUUAUGCAGACAGAUUUUUAAAGUUUAUGAAUUCCAGAGUUUUCAAAAAAAUCCAAGAUUCAUCAAUGCAUUAUACAUGCAUUGAUCCUCAGUUCCUCAUUCAACUUGACACUAAAAAAAGUGCUAUGAAGUCUUCACCUUCAAAGAAACGGUGCAAUUCUAUUGCCGCUUUGAAAGCCACCUCCCAAGAAAUCGUGUCAUCUGCUAGCCAGGAAUGGAAGGAUGAAAACAAUGAUCUCCUUACCGAAGGACAGAGUUUUAGCAGCCUAGAUGAAGAAGCGUUGGGUUCCCAGCACCGUCCUGAUCUUGUGCCAAGUACUCCAUCUCUGUUUGAAGCAGCUUCCUUAGCAACUACAAUUUCUUCAUCCUCGCUGUAUGUUGACGAACAGUGCCCACGUGAUGGAGCCCUUCUUUAUUCCAACAGUAAGAAAAAGGAAACAAAAAUUCAAACAGAUGGAUGAGGAAUCAUUCACCAAAUUUGCUGAAGAGCGUUUCCUCCACUCCAGAGUUAAAGAGAACUUAGUUGAGCCCCCAUAAGAAAAAGUAAUAAUCAGCUGGAGUGAUCCAUACCUUUGAAAGCUGUCAGGGGAGCCUUGAACCAUAGAAACGAUAGCUUAGACUCGGCAGAUGUGAUGUGAAAAAUACCACACUCUAUUGUCAUUUGCUGUUGCUUGCUGAACUGUGAAAAACCGCAUAAACUAUAUUUAAGCUGCUUUCUGUCUUAUUGCCAAUCACCUUUUUGAACUUGAAAGUGAUAUUUUCCUAUCGACUCUAUAGUUAUUUCAUUUGCAUGUAUUCAGUGAUUUUUGUGUAAACCAAGUGUGUAGUCAGCUUAUCUAUUUAAAAAGAAAAAUCUGUCAACAUGUGGUGAGUAAAAGUGUAAAUUAAUUCUGCUUUUUUCCAAACUAUAAUCACCUAAGUCUAUGUUGUUGGAAGUCUAUAUUUCGUACAAGGUUAGUGUCCUAUGUGUGCACAUUCUUUGUGGAAAACUAGCUUCUGUAAAGGUAUCUUCACUGUUUACUAGUGAAAUGAGAGAUAAAAAGCUAUUUAUAACAAGGCCUUAUGUUGUGUACAUAUGUUGUCUUUGAAAUAUUUGUGAUUUCGUUUUAUUGCUUGUAAAAGAGUCUAUAAUUUAUUUAGUAAAUACUACUGUAAACUAUAGUUUUAUUGACAAAUAAAAUAUUUUGU